AAAAUCUGGCCACGGCAGCUAUUUUCAGCAACUUUUUGCAAAUGACAUUUCGUCCCUUGUCGCUCAAUCAGCCAAGCGAGCUGGCAAGAUGCUCCUGGGCGGUGUUUCCCGUCGCUUGAAGCGCACGGCACCGCACUCCCGUACCCUGUUUUAUGGCUGUUUUCCAGCAUUCCUGACAGUGACGGUCCUCCUACUGACAUUUGUGACAUUUUCCCCUUCCGUACGGCGACGAGUCAGUGAACUCACACCGGAAUGGCUUCAAAAGGGCUCGCAUCUGUUGCCUUUUCAUUCCGGCGACUCUGAAGAGGUGAACGAUGAGUUCACACAUCCGAUUCUGAUAACAAAGGAAGACACUCCGGAGCCGUACAUUGUCGUCGCAACAAUGAUAGCAAAUCAGGCGCAUUAUCUACCGGAAUGGAUAGAAUUUCACCUCUUACAAGGCGUCGAGAGAUUCGUGAUAUACCAUGAUUCAAGAAAAAAAACAAAAGACCUGUCGAGACAGGUAGCGGAGCCCUAUAUCCAGAGUGGAAUCAUUGAAUGGAUCGAGUGGCCUCAAGAUGCACAUAAUAUUGAGAAAGUACUUGGUGCGAGACAAUGGCCUGUUGAAUGGGCUAAGCGAGAAUUCUAUGAUCAAUUGGAGAACGAUUGCAUUAAGCAUAAUCCAGCACGCACUAGUCAUCUUCAAGCAGGCUGUCAGGCUGUCGCAUUUAUUGACGCGGCCGCAAGGUAUCGCAAUCGUUCGAGAUGGGUCGGAGCUUGGGACGUUGACGAGUUUGUGUUUAUACCGCAAGAGGACACUGAGGGAGAUGUACUUGGUGAUCACACCUUGAAGAAUGUCCUUACUAAGCUGGAGUGGUGGGAUCAGAUUUGGUUGAAUGGACGGAUUUUUGCAACAAACGGUUAUUUUUCUGAUCCGACUCCUCCCUCCGAUGGACUUCCUUUCACUUUGGUGACCGAACGUUAUGAAUAUCGGUUCGAUAAUGAUUUAAAUCGCCAGUUCGACAGAUCAGAUAUUAAAGGCUUUGACUGGACCCGGAAAGCCCUGGUGGAUCCAAAGAUCGUAACCUCGAAUAAAAUUCAUGGUUGGCUGGUUGAGAUCCCCGCAUCCGAAAAUCGGGAAGAACGUCUCAUGCAGACGAAUUUCAAAGACAUAGUUAUGUACCACUAUCAAUUCCGAUCGGUGCUUGGCAAUCAUGACAAAGCUGUGGCAAAUGGAAACCCAGCCAUGGAAUACCUCCCGGUUCGCGAAGUUUAUUUCAAUGAGAAGAAAGACACUGGAAUUUUGUUCAUGGUACCAUUCGUAAAAGAACAAUUGAUGAAGCGAAUUACCGCUGGAUGGUGGAAGGGUUGGGAACCACCAUCCGCAGUAGCGAGACCAUUUUUGGGCUACCAGAAGGCGAAACAACCACAGGUCUGUCUCGCCUUUGCGUAUCUGGAUCCGAAUCUGUCAAAGCUCCGCAAAUCUAUCUCUAGCAUCUUCCAUCAUCUGCGCACAUACGAACCGUCCCUUAGUUUUGAGGCUGUCCUUAUUCUUCCCCGCUCAACCUACGAUAAGCGUCUCAUGGAUGAGUUUCCCUUCGAAACUCUGCGAUUCCUCAACGAUACGACAUCCAAAGCUCAGGCAGUGGACCUCCUAUUUGAAGCCUGUACAGCUCCGUACAUUUUGAGUUUGGUGGAUGACUAUGAAACGAGAGUGGGUUGGCUGAAUCCCCUUCGACCAGAAGUGGUAAAUCGUACCGAAAGAACUGUGAAGGCCCCUAUAAUUAGUGCUGCUGUACAGCUUCUGGAGCAAAGAUAUGACUUGCUGGAGGUCUGGAUUGGAGAUGUUCCAGAUAUUGCUGUUUACAACCAAAAUCGAACGGAUUGGCUCCCCUUUACGCCUAGCAAAAACGGCAAAAUAGACGCUGACUAUGGUGCCGUGAAGUGGUAUAGGGUACAGUCUGCUUCCGCCACAUCUGUGCUAGGCGUCUCAAGGUUUGGCGGUACACUAAAACACCGUGAACGGAUCAUCUCAGUUGGACCAGUCUUUCCUGGACAAACGGGCGGCAACAAGUUAACGGAGACUGUUGAUGAAUACGCUCUGCAAGAGGAUUUCGCGAAGCGAGCUGCCGCACUAGGGUUUUCUAGCGCCCAUUUUUGUCUUGGCGAGGAACCCACCAGUCGCCAAGAUCAAUGUAAUUUUGACCCGGAUGCGACCUAUGACGGGGCUACAACCGGACUCAUGUGGCGAAUUCGUCCUGUGGAUGAGGACGACAGAGCGAAAGAUGGAAUGAUUGACAGGGCAUUGUGACAUUUAUCUUAUCUUUCUCUUAUGUUUAUUUAUACUUUUCUUUAUUUAUCGCAUUCAUGAUCAAUAAAGUUGUUUCAUAUGCCGUGCACUGAGACCAAAGGGG